UCUAGUUCUUGAGGUUAUCUCAUGGUUACCCCUAAAAGACGCAGUUCGAUGCAAGAUUCUGGACAAAAAUUUCAACAGGUAUGUUUCAAAUCAAAGCUUUGAGCACAAACACUUUGUUCGAUCAAACCAAAAAAUAAGUAACCUUCUUUAUUGCUCGAAUUUGAAUCCUACAAAAUUUAGCCAACUCCAAUUGGAGAAUCCUUACCCUCUGAAUAAUUUGAAGAUUAUGAACAACCCUCCUUUUCUAUUUGCCUCUUGUGGUGGAAUUCUUCUUCUUUACUAUAAACAUAGAAGUUACUUUGUCAUAAACCCUAUUAAAGGAGAAUUCAACUUUGUGCAAGAAGACAAACACGAUGGUUGGGUUGUAGGUUCAGUUGGCUUGGCCGUUGAUUCAAAUACUCAUUCAUAUAGAGUCAGAUUAGUCUUCGUUCAUGUAAGUAAACACAGAAACUGCUUGGAGAAUCAGAUGUGUAGAUUCACAAUAUAUAAUUUUUGUUCAAGCCAGUGGGAAGAAAGAAAUGAAGAAGAUUUUGUUUGCAAAUCAAGUGGGUUUCUGGGCAGAAAUAUUCAACCUGUUUACUUGCAUAAUUCUCUACAUUGGCUUAGAGAAGAUGGAAGUAUUCUUUCUUUCGACGUGGAAAAACGCCGGGCUCGAAUCUUUCAAGGACCUGUUAAGUUAAUCUUUGGUACAAGGUAUGGAUAUGACAUCUGGUUUGGAGGAGUUGGAGAUUCACUUGUCUUUGUUUGCCCUUCAAAAUAUGAAACUGUCAUAUAUGUUUAUGAUCUUGUCCACACUAAGACAUGGAAAAUUUGGCAUAGAAUUGGAAACAUAAGUUUAACAGGUAAAAAUGACUACAAGAAUGGAUUUCCUAUAAUAUUUGAUGGCCAAAGACUGGUUCUUCUUCUGAGGAAUAAAGAUGGAGGAGAUGGAGAAAUUUUCAUGCACAAUAUUUUAGAAAAAUCCUGGGAGAAGAUGGGGAUUGUUUCAGCAACGACAGAAUUUGUUCCUUUCGUUUCAACAUUGGCAAAGAUCAACUCUGGCUAUGUGUUCGAAGAAUUAAGGAACAAUUUCCACUUAAAUUAGUGGAAGCCUUCAUGGGAAG